AUGUCGCUCAAUGGGUUGGAUGCCGCGACGGUCAAGGAGGCGUACGAAGCGGCAGUCGCAGAGGCUGGUGGAUGGUUUCUUCUGAAAUAUGCGAGUCGCGAUGAGAUCGAGGUGCACUGUCAGGGAAAGAAUGGCAUUGUUGAGAUGCGAAAUGCCAUUGCCGAAUAUGAAGAGCCCUCGCCCCUUUACGGUUUCUUGAAAUACAGGAGGAGGAACGUCAUUCUCAAGUACCAACCUGACGACUGUUCAAGGCUCAUACAAGCCAGAGCAACUGUUCACUUCAACGCAGUCUGCGAAAGAUUCACGCCAUACAGCACCAUGUUCGAAAUCACGGAGGCCAAGGAGCUCAAGGAUACCAAGUUGUCGGCAGCGUGCUCUCUGCAUGCCGCCUCCGGCUCGUGCUCCUCAUCGACCAGCUCACUGCGCCGACGCCGGCUCAUGGAGAUUACAGAAGAGGAGGAGGAGGAAGAGAGGGAGAGAAAGAGGCAGUCGGUGGUUGAGGAAGAGGACAGGCCUACCACUCCCAGGAGCAACGCUGCUCUCUCACCCUUCUCCUCGCCAGAACCGCCAGUCGUUCUUGAUAGGGAGCAAAUCGAGGCGUCCAAGGAGCCCAACUUUGCCUCUACAUCUGAGGAGCCGAAUUUUGAGGGUGUACGUCCUAUGUCGCCAGGUGAAGGUCGAUUGUCUUCGCAGAGCGCGCGCCCGGAUUUCUACAAUUAUUCUUCCUAUCCGUAUGGAAAGCCAAAGGUCAAGUUGGGGCCGCGGCCUUCUUUGGAGACGAACAAGAACCCGCACACGGCUAGCAACUUUAGGCCCGUCGCUGCUCUGCCUGCAGGAUUUAAACUAGCUUCGAAGGGUUCAAGAAGGGGCCGAUCCGGAUCGCAAGACCACACGGCAGAAGAUGAGGACCAUGAGGUGGAGCAAGAGGUGUCUGACCUAGCAGCUCUGAAUGCUUCCACAACCAUUCUCGAAGUUCCAGCCGAGUCCGAGGCCGAGCUUUUGGCACCGCGACCCAACACGAGCUCCGGCGCUUCCAUGAAAUCGGUUACCUCGACAGCUCCUGUCAAAGAAAGCAAGAUCACGCCCGAGAAAGCAAGACUGAUGAAGGCCAUGAAGAUGCGGCAAGAAAAGAAAAAGCUGAGCUUGCUGAUUGCGGACACAGCAUCCAUCACUGCUCCCGAAGCGGUUGAAGGGAAAGCGGAGUUGCAAGCUUUAGAGGAGGAGUUGUCAUCGGCAAACAUUGAAUCUGAUAUCACUGCCGAUCUGCCUACGCCCAUGACGAUGACCACGGAAGCAACGGAAGAUACGUUCACGGAUUCGCACCCGCCUUCGCCCACCAUUGCUUCGUCUGAGAUUGGAGAAUCCACCAAGGCAUCCUCAGUUUCUGAAUCAACCGACGAGACUGUGCAAGCCUCCAAGGACGAGUCGACACUUUCCGAAGAGGACAAGCUGCCGGCCGAGGACGAUGAAUUCAACGACAAAUCAGAUAUCCGGACACAAGAUAUCGAUGUGCCGUCAAACAAGGAUGAUAUUGCAUCACCCACCUCGCCCAAGUCACCGUACGGCAUUCCAGUCUCUAGAUUUGCCAGCAAUGAUGGCAAAUCACCUACGACCCCCAGCCUCAAGUCAAAGUUUUCGACGCAAGAUUUGCGUUCCCCAGUUGAGCAGCCGAUCCCAGCUCCUCCCACUGUUGUCACGCCUCCUGCCAUCACUACAACAGAGGAAGUCCUUGAACCCGAGUCACAGGUAUUGCCAAAGCGCAGGGCCACAGUCGCACCGAUUCGCACUACUCAUAGCAGGAAUAACUCCGAGGGAACGUUUCACGACGUUGUACCUGACGAUGACCUCUUGGACGCAUUGCAAUCUGCCACUUUUGAAGAAGCCCAGCCCAUGAGCGUCUCCAAGUCUCCCAUCACUCCCGUGUUCCCCUCGUCGAGUCCUAAGAGGCCGCAGACCGUUGCGGGCACACGCGUGACACCGACACGAACGUUCUCUCAGCCCAUGCGAGGUCCUCUCCUUGCUCCUAGCGAUGUCUCUUCGAGUUCUGCCCGUAGUGUUUCGGCCGGUGGCGCUGCUCUAUUGCACAGCGUGACGCGGCAGCCAUCCAGCGCAGCGCUUUCGACCAAGAAGCCCACGAGCUCUAGCAUUGCACAACGUAUCAAGGCUUUGGAGCAACUCUCGGGUAAGAAGGCUGGGGCUGAAGAUUCUCAGUCGAGGGUUGCCACGGCUUCGAAUCUUGUCAACACUCGUAAGCAGGGUGUUCGGGAAACUUCCAAGUCGCCUGUACCAUCGCUGUCCCGCGCCAGCUCGAGGACACGCCAGCCACCUCACUCACCAACAGCGGACAUGGGCAAGUCGAGGGAUGUGUCGCCUGCACCUGACGCCUCAGCGGGCCCUACAACUCGCGGUAGAUCGGGAUCUGUUGCUAGUCGAUUGUCCAAGUUUGAAGCCGGGGGCCAGCAAAUGGGAGGUCGGCCAGACACCAUUCAGGUCACUGCUCGCAUUGUACGAGAUGGGCAGAACUCGAUCCCAAAGCGACCCUCGAGCAAAGAUCCGGCAGAGUAUAAUACUGCUGACCUCAAACAAUCACCAUUGUUUGUAGAUCACCUCAAAGCUGUGCCAGAACCCAUCACUACCCACCAUGAAGAUGGAACCAACCUUCGCACCGUUGAGCAGCCCAAGGAGACAAUUCAAGAAAGAAGGAUGUCGCGUGAUGACAGGAAAGCGUCCAUCUCUGAAGACGAGAGAAUGCAGAGGCGACGAUCGUCUCUUGGAAUUGUUAAGGACUUUAUCAAGGAUCGCCGUUCCUCUAAUGCCAGCAAAUCUUCCGACAACCUGGCAAUACUGUCACCGGCGCCGUCCAUCAAGUCGUCGUCGCGGCCUCCAUCUGUCCACCAGGCCAGCGGAAGCAGCCGCGGUCGACGUCUCUCUGUGUCGAGUCGUCGCUCGUCUUUCAGCAAGGACCGAGAGAACGCUACGCCAGUCAUGUCUCCGUCUGCUACAACAGACCACAGCUCAGACGAUGCCGACAAGAGUAGUCCUACAGAGAAGAGAUCGAACAGCCGGACGUCUCGCUUCAUGCGUCGCCUGUCCAACACACUUACUGCCACGCGUAAGACUGCAUCUCCCAACACUCCUACCACGGUACGUGAGGAAGAGGAGGCCACCUCAGAGGGCGUGUUCAUGGCAAGAUCCGAUGACGCGGCUUCCGCUCUGUCUUCAUAUAUGGGAGAUGUCAAUGUUCAAUUCCCGGACAACCUUCUGUGGAAGAGACGUUCGCUGUGUCUCGACACCAACGGGUUCCUGAUUCUGAAUGCGCUUAAUGGCACGGAAAAGACUGGACUCAAGCGUUACCACUUGAGCGAUUUCCGGGUGCCUUACAUUCCGGAUGUUGACAUGCAGGAGCUGCCUAACAGCAUCUGCCUCGACUUUGUCGCGGGAUCUGCUUUGCAGCUUGCUUGCGAGGACAGACAAGGACAGCAACACGUACUGGCCGCUCUCCAAGAAGCGCACCAAAAACACAUGGCCUUUGGCCAAUAA